AUGAUCAAAGCGUCAGAAGGCGGCGGUGGUAAAGGAAUUCGUUUGGUCCGAAAUGAAUCCGAAUUCGAAGUUAAUUUUCGGAGAGUGCAGGCGGAGGUAGCUGGCGGGCAUAUAUUCCUGAUGCACUGUUUGGAAGGUGCUCGACAUAUCGAGGUGCAACUUCUGGGCGAUAUGUACGGUGAAGUGAUUGCUUUGCGAACACGCGACUGUACUGUUCAGCGGCGAUGUCAGAAGAUCAUUGAGGAGGCGCCGGCGAUCGCUGCACCCUUAGUUGUGCAACGAAGCAUGGAAGCGGAUGCUGUGCGUCUGGCAAAAAUGGUUGGAUAUGUCAGCGCAGGCACUGUGGAG